AGAAUAUACUAUGGAUGGAUAUCAUUUCCACACACAAUACAACUCGAACGGACAAGCUGGACAAGCCCAACCAGCAUACCAGGUCGCGCAUCAAAAUCCGAGAUAUCAAGGGAAUGUACCAGGUCGUGGAAGUAAUUUCAGCAUGAAUCCCGCAGCUAAUCCUAUGAGUAGUCAACAUCAAUAUCCAUAUGACCCUAACUUCUACCCAACUGAUCAAUCAUCCCAUGUUCCACACCACUGCGAUCAAAGAAAUCAUUAUUUUUAUGGAAACGUUACCAUCAAAGAGGAGCCGUACAUGUCAAACGUUCUGAACCACGACGACGACCAAACUCAUAUUUCCGAUGAAGGCUUUGGGGAGGAAGAUUCUGAGAUGCAUACAGGAGCAUUGCCAAGCAUUGAUACACCGAAGAAAGAAAGAAAAUAUGAGAAAGUAUCUGAAGAUCAAAAGGAUGAAAAAUAUUCUUCUAAACGGGAAAAAAACAACUUGGCAGUUAAACGAUGCCGUGAGAAGAAGAAGAACGAAGAAAAAUAUAAGAAGGAAGCAUUUGAGAACUUGAUUCGCAGUAAUUUGGUCAAGGAUCAAAAAAUUGAACAAUUGAACAAUCUGGUUCAGUCUGGAAAACAGAGAGAAAAUGCGAGAAUCAUGGAAGUACAGAGGGAGAAGAACAUAUUGAGACAGUUAAAGAACGAGUUGACUCGUAUUCCAAAUGCACAAAUGUUGGAAUACUACCCAACUCUCAAAGAGGUCCUCCACUACUACGCCUAAAAUAUUUGAUGUUCGUAAUCAGAUGUAACUCAUCUUAUUCCCUCACAAUCUCAGUUACGGAUUCUCCCCAGUGAUUUACUUCCCGUGUUUUAUUCCAAUGACUUUAAUUUUUGAAUUGCCAUAUUUUCCACAAUUUCCAAUACAUAUCUCAUUUCUUUAAAAUAAUGUGUAAAAGAUGUAAUUGUUUUAAUAAUAAAACUCAAGCAAAACA